ACGACAGACCAGAUGGCCGUCACUCUCGACCCAGCUAUUUCGUAUCAUUACUUUUCGGCCCGCAUACACUUUGUCUGGGAUAAUAUUUUAGAAAAUAUAUCAUUCACUUUAAUACUCAGAAAAACCUACGUUGUGUUCAUACUAAAACCUUUUUUAAACCAACAUUAAUAGUGACAUCGUCUUACAAGAAUGUUUUUUGCAUUUUCCCUACUUUGGUUUUUCGUUACCCUGAAGAGAAUCGAGAGUUUGGCUGUAUCUUCUCCUUAUGUCGGAGUUGGUUGCUAUGCUGACAAGAGCAACACUUCACACCCUCUUCCUGAAUUACUCGAGAAUUUUUACUUUUCAAUGACAUGGAACACUAUCGAGGAGGUCAUUGAAAACUGCUCGCGACUGGCUCAAAGCAGAGGACAUAGGUAUUUUGGUCUUCAACAUUAUGGCGAGUGUUGGUCGGGAAAGGAUUCCGAGGUAACAUAUGCUCGCGAUGGCUCGAGUGAGAAUUGCGUGAAAGGAGUAGGGAAAGAUGGAGCGAAUUACGUCUAUAAAUUUGUCAACAGCCUUGAUCAAAGUUGUGAUCUGGGUUGGCACACAGCAAACGACAUGUGUUUUCACAUCAGUUUCAACACGUCCUUCAACAGCCAAGUACAAGCCGCCCAAUACUGCACGAACUACCGUGGAACCUUUUAUCUUACCAAGUCUGGUGGUGACUUCGUCCAAGAUCGCCUCAUUAAAACACUACACCUAAAUGAUUAUCUCAACACAACUAACUGCUUGGUCCUAAGCCAGGCCAGUGUACCAUACGUGGGAGUUUUGCCCACUUGGAAUGAAUCACGUGAUCCUCAUCUUGCAGGGGGUCUCACAGGCAGCAGUCUGGGUACUAAUUAUGAGUGUGCAGUUAAAGAUGUAUAUGGAAAGUGGUAUCAUCAUCAAUGUGAAUUGCAAAAGUGUAAAGUCGUAUGUAGCAAGCAACGAGAUCUUCCCGCAACACAAGGCUCCUUCAGUAUGGUCCAUAAAGACACCACCUUCAACAACAGCAUUCUGAUGUGGCAACUGGUAGAUGACGUCACUCAGUGUGCACGUGAAUGUCUCGUGACGGACACGUGUGCUUCAUUUAAAUAUGAGUACAAAUCACGUGUAGAACGAGUGGGUUCCCUGUGUGCUUUGAGUGAUCGGAGGAUUUCUGAUUCGGAUUUACUUCAAUCAGAUGUCUAUAACUAUUACGAACGGCUUAGAUAAAUCAAAACAGCGAACGAGGUAUUUUUGCACCGCCAUAUUGGAAUAGACAACUGAAAAUACCUUUGUUAGAGUACGCCAUCACUGAUGUCAAUAAUCAGUGAUAUUCAACCCAGAUGUCGGCAGUUCAUUCGCGUUCAUUCAAGCUUAUUGUUACUGCACAUGCUCAGGGAAAUAAUCUCUUAUUGAACAUGCGCAGUAAGAACGGCAAAGUCUUUGAGUUGAUAGUGAGCAGUAGUUUCGAGUCAAGCAAUUUUUUGAGGCUAUAGAGGCUUUGCACCAUUACGUGAUGGCAGCCAUGACAGGAGACACGAACAAUUGAAUCUGGUCGAAUCUGAUUUUCAUGAGAAAGAAUUCAGCUUCCCAGGGGAGAACAACUCUAUUGUUGUACCUCCUUUCAUAGCCGCCAUCACGUGAUGGUGCAAAGCCUCUAUUUUUUUGUAGUUGUUCGGCAAGCGACUCAGUGCACAACCGUACCCAAGAAACAAUAAAUUUUAAAUGUGGCCGCCAUGAUAUAAAAUAAGCAGGAAAAAUCAAUAGAACUGGGCUCUUUUUCUUUUAACCAUCAAAACCAUCCGCUCUACACCUGUAAUAAUAUAAAUAAUAUUUUUUAAUGUCUCAAAAAACCCACGCAUGCGCACGAAGGCUUCAAGACGAUUUUGAGCCCACGUUGCUAGUUGUAACUCAGCGGCACUCAACAGGGUUUUUUUUUUUCACAAAAAUUAUAGGACUAAAAAUGUUUAAACUUCUAACUUGACUUGUAUAAACUGUAUAAAAUAAUUUAACUACUAUUUAUGAAUAGUUUUUUGUAAAUUAAUAUAAUGCGCCGCAAGUCCAAUGUUAUAAGAAUCUCUCAAAAUUUCAAAACUUAAAGCAUUCAAAUUUAGAGUCGAAUGUUUUAAAACAGAUUUUAAAGUUGUAUAAGUUUAUCUUGGUUGAUAAAUUUAAUUAAUUCUUAAUUUUGGCAACUAUUCUCAAAUACAGUCCCAUUCACGCAUCUGUAUCGCCAUGUUGAGAGGUGCUCUUUAUCACCACCUUCAAAUAUACCCUAGUGUGAGAGAAAGAUCCCUGCGUAGGAUAUGUACAAAAAUAGCCCUCAAUUCUUUAUCUUUAAACAAAAAAGGUCAAAAAUAUAUUGCAUUUAAAUAUUUCAUGUUUUUGCUAUCCGUGCAAGGUAUUUAUUAUUUAAAGGCAAAUUUCAAGCCAUUGUAACCAAAAACACUUUAAUUCGAUGAUUUUUGAAAACAUUUUAAAUGUAAAAUUAAACCGAAAUCUGCAGAAGUGUAAACUUUUCUGUGGGCGAUAUUUCAGUGGAUAACUCAAAUUGAGGAAUUUUUGAUCUUAUAUGAUAAAUUUAAAGUAUCAAGAGCGCUGCUCUCAACUGAUCAUACACGAACUGUGUGGUUUCGGUUUUACUGUAGGGUUUGCAAUGGAAGCAUUUUAGUCUAAAUAAAAUAAGUUUAGUUCUCUCAA